AGUCUUUACAAAGAAGUCUCAACCAAAGGUCUUUACAAAGAAGUCUCAACCAAAGUCUUUACAAGUCUCAACAAAGUCUUUACAAAGAAGUCUCAACAAAGUCUUUACAAAGAAGUCUCAACAAAGUCUUUACAAAGAAGUCUCAACAAAGUCUUUACAAAGAAGUCUCAACAAAGUCUUUACAAAGAAGUCUCAACAAAGUCUUUACAAAGAAGUCUCAACAAAGUCUUUACAAAGAAGUCUCAACAAAGUCUUUACAAAGAAGUCUCAACAAAGUCUUUACAAAGAAGUCUCAACAAAGUCUUUACAAAGAAGUCUCAACAAAGUCUUUACAAAGAAGUCUCAACAAAGUCUUUACAAAGAAGUCUCAACAAAGUCUUUACAAAGAAAUCUUUACAAAGUCUUUACAAAACAUUGA